CAACAACAACAACAAAACGACUCGUGCCGCAGUGGUCUUCAAAAAUGAUUUGCAUCUGGAAAACUACUCUCCUUCUAUUGCUAAUUGCUACAUUAGCUGACUACGUCGAGCUGCAGCCAACAGGUGAAGUGUCUACAGACCAGGAGAAUGCAGAGCGUCUGUCGUAUCUGGAGUGGUUGCUGAGCAUCAUAAGUCCGGAAGGCAGCAAGCCAGAGGAGCCAGAGGAGCCGCCGGUAGAUCCUUCCAAAUGCGAGCCGUGUAAAUGUGGCUUGGUGAAUAAGAAAGUACGUAUUGUUGGAGGUCACGAGACGCAAGUGAACCAGUAUCCGUGGAUGGCCCAGUUGCUGUACAACAACCGCUUCUACUGUGGCGGAUCGCUCAUCAACUCUAAGUAUCUUCUGACUGCUUCGCAUUGUGUCAAAGGGUUUAACCGAGAGAAAAUUACAGUGCGACUCCUGGACCAUACCCGUGGUGCUAAUAACGAGGCGGAUAUCAUAGAGAGGAGGGUGCAACGCAUUGUGACACAUAGUCGCUAUGAUGGCGCCACUUUCAACAACGACAUUGCCCUGCUUAGGUUCGAUCGCGAGAUAGCGAUUGAGGGCCUCCUACGGCCAGUCUGUCUCCCCGAACUAGGAAGAAGCUUCACUGGGAUGCAAGGUGUGGUGACAGGUUGGGGCGUAACGGUACAGAAUGGUGCCCCAUCCGAUGUUCUGAACGAAGUGACAGUCCCCAUCUUGUCCAACAAGGAAUGUAGGAUGACUCCAUAUGGCAGCAGGAAGAUCACAGACAAUAUGAUGUGCGCUGGUUACCCUCAGGGCAAGAAGGACUCCUGCCAGGGCGACAGUGGGGGACCCCUGCAUGUUGCCAAUGGGACAGCGCACAGCGUUGUUGGAGUGGUGUCUUGGGGUGAAGGGUGUGGCUUGCCCAAUCACCCAGGCGUAUACACCAGGGUGAACCGGUAUAUCACAUGGAACAAAAGAAAUACAAGAGAUGCGUGCUUCUGCCAAUGAAACUUGUGGCGCCAUGCUGCUUAAGCUUCAUCUAGUCUUCUUGAGAUGCUGAACGUUAUAUGCUCGACACCGUCCAACGUACAUAGUUUAUUUAUUGUAAUUUGUUAACUUUAAUGAUUUUUAAAUAAAUCAUAAUAGUAUCACCACACAAAUAUGGAAUUGUAAGAUUCGCCGCUCUCAGCAUAUCCGGCAUUCGUUGUAUGAAUUUGAUUUCUUGGAGAACAGUAAGAGUAAGAGUCAGGAGCAGGGUACUCGGUGUUCGAUUCCUGGCAGGGUAAGGGAUAGCUCUCCUUGCCACCACAUCCAGACCAUUCCUGGGGUCCAUUUAGGUCCUUGUCCAAAUUAUACCCAAAGUGUAAAAUGGUCGAUUAUCUCAUGCACUCUUGAGAUGAAGAAGGCACGGAUCUAAACAGUGAUACCCUCGUGUAUUUUAUGGUGUUAUGUUUAAUUAAUCACAAAACACAACUUUAUUUAUCUUAGCUUUACUUGAAACUGUCCUUGCUUUUUAUUUUCCUCUUUCUUUCCGUGUUAGUCUUAUGACAGCUUCUUAAAAUAAAUAUCACUUCAGCAUCUUUCAAGUUACCAUUCAUUAUGGCCUUGGGACGGGGUUUUUCUGAGGACUUCGGUUUCCCAUGCCAAUCUUUAUUCCACCAAAUUCUCCAGCAUCAUAAUCACCUGGGGCAGGCUACAAUAGGCCAAUCAGUGGCCGCCGUACUUAGUGGACCCAGUCGGAUUCCACCCCACCACUAAGCGAAUUAAAAGAAAAUUACCAUUCACAUCUUAUUCAGCCGCACGAAAGGAACAUUCUAAAAGAAAGGUAUUCAGUAAGCAACCAAAUAUUAGAUUUCGACCAUAAGAACCGACUAUAGUAAGACUGUAAGUAACAUAUGAAUAUAGAAAGGUAAUGCUAUCCCUGUAACGGGUCGUGGAGGCCCAUAGGGCUGUGAGACGUCUAGGCUUACAGAUGUCUUUGAGA